AUGGCUUCUGCAAAGAAGACUAAUAUCCCCACGGAUAGCACCGAGACGUCACAUCAAUCACCAGCUUCACAUUACAUCUGCAACACUUGCCGAUCUUAUCUCGCAACAAAGGAUGAUGCUCCUGAUGAUGAUGAUGAUGAUUCUGCUGAAAUAAGUCUUGAGACGGUUUGCUCCGUCUGUCAAAACUUGUGGAAUCCAAAUUCUCCCACUCUCAAGCAGUCACUCGAGCAAGCAUGUCAAAUCUAUGGGGGAAUGUCGACCAAUCACUUUUCCACCUCGAGCAUUACCAUUAGCCUUCCUGGAGAAUUGAAUCUCAACUAUCGAAACGCAUCAUCAUCAUCUGCCAAGCCAUUUGCUUCUUAUAUCAAAGAUCUCAAGCUAUUCCUUGCAAAGGAAAUUCAAAAAUUAUACAAACAGAGUCACGACAAAGAAGACUCAUUGCCACCGAUUCUAUCCAUAGACGAGCAAGGGUUCUUGAUGAUACACUUGCAGUGUGUUCCACCCAAACGAGACGACCAAAUGAUGGAACGAAAUACGAAAAAGAAGCGCAGCCGAUGGCGUCCCUAUGUCACUCAAGGAGGAGAUCCACGUGUGAAUUUGGAGUCUCGAUUGCAACAGCAGGGAGGUUACCAAUGGCACAGCAUGACGGAUGCCGAAAAACUAUCAUUGUCCAACUAUCAACCACCCCUGGAGAUGAAACCCAUGGAGUAUCACUUUGCUGUCUUUCGAAAGCCAAUCUAUAUUUAUGGUUACUAUACAAAAAGCAGAAGAGACGUAUCCCAGUCACCCUUUGUAGUCAUGAGGGAACAGAAUAAUAAACAAGGCGACGUCAACAAUAAGGAUUCGGCGGGACGAACUGAAACCGAAGACCUACAACAUCAGCCACCCAACAAAAAGAGAAAAAAGGUGGCAGAAACACUUGGAAUUACAUCCGUCGAAGAACAGAUUUGCAAUCCCAUUGCCGAAAUUCUCGGAGGAAUCUCGACUCAAAACAAUGUGUCGUCCGUGUUGCCAUCCCAAGGAAAUAAUGCUUCUUCUUCUCCGUUGUCGUCACAAGCACCACCAACAUCAUCGAAUGUUCAAUAUGGCAUGUGCAAGUUCCAUGCAUCGGGAAGAGAAGAUAUGGAUGUACGAAUGCUGAUCAGGCCCAACAGCAAUACUCUUGGUAGGCCCUUUUGUGUUCAGCUCAUCGACGCCAAGCAGGCUUUGCAAUCUCAAGAUCAAUUGAAUGAAAUUGCUCAUCGGAUCAAUCGCACUACGACCAAUAAUGAUAUUACAACAGACGAUGAUUCAAAGAAUACUAAUAAUAACAAAUGGAAGAGUGAAUUGUGGCAUGGACAAAAUCCAUAUGGAGUAGGAGUCUGCCCAGAAAAGCUUUGCUUGGCACCAGCUAAUGCGUACUCCAACCUCCAAUCGGACACCGAAAGUAAAGUGAAACACUAUGGUUGUCACUGUUGGUCCGAACGAAUAUUGCCAAAAGGUAACGACGACAAUGACGACAAAGAAGAAAGUGGAAGCAAUAAUCAAAAGAUCACAGCGCUGUUAUUUCCAGAAUUGAAACUUCCCCUGACAAUCCAGCAGCGAACACCACUACGAGUGGUGCAUCGACGAGCCAAUUUGGUGCGCGAACGACAAAUCCUACAAUUGGAUGCCUGGCGGGUGGACGAUCAUCACUUUCGACUGGAAAUGAGUACUCAGGCAGGGACCUACGUCAAGGAGUUUGUGCAUGGUGACUUGCUACGGACGCAACCAAGUAUUGCUUCCAUCAUGGGGUGCAAGACGAACCUGUUACUCCUUGACUGUGAGGGCAUUCAACUGACCGACAUGACAGCCUAG